AAUAGUAAGCAAUUUGGUGCUUGUUUUAAGAAAAAAUUGUUUCGUCUCUCUCAAGAUUGAAAUAGAAAGUUCAGCCUAAAACGUUUCUCCCUUCUCUUUCGAAUUUCUCUGACUUCGAUAUUUUUGGUUAUGGAGAUGAUAAGAGGCAGGGGAAUCCCAAACGGCGUCGUUCAAGUACCGAAUCUUUCUGCUAAUAAUCUCUUGCAGAAGUUUUUCAUCGCAAGCAACCAUUUUUGUCAGAGAGACUCUGAGCAUGGUGAGAAUCGAGAAGAAGCGAAGAAUAAAGAAGAUGAAGCAGAAGAGGAUGAGAAAGACGUGGAGCUAACGUUAGGUCUUUCGCUUAAUGGACAGUUUGGUACGGAUCCGAGGUCGAGGAAAAGGAAGAACUUUGAUCUCGGUCGAUCUUCUUCGAUACCGGAAGGUUUUUUCUUCGAUGAACAAAGAUCCGGUGGAGGCUCGGACAUGUUCCAGCUGGAUCGGACGCGUUCUCUGCCUGUCGUAACGGAGAUCGAGAGAGAGAAGGAGACGGAGAGGAAAAGGAAACGACCGGAGAAGACGAGGGCAUUUAUGGAAUUUCCGGUUACAAACAGAGGAACAUAUCUGACAGAAGAUAAAAACAGAGGCCAAGUCGCCGAAACAGAGAAGGCGAGGGCAUUUCUGGAAUUUAAGAUUCCUCAUACCAAGGAGGGAAAGGAAGAUAAAGAUCGGGUUGUUGUCACUAGUCCGGUCAAUAGAAAUGGUAAUACGGCGAAGAAGAAGAAGAAUGUGGAAGUUUCAGGAAUGGAGAAGGCGAGGAACAUUCUAGAAGACAUGCCUUGUGUGUCGACGAGAGAUGUCGGAGCCGACGGGAAACGAGUGGAAGGGUUUCUUUAUUGGUACGGAGGGAAAAAGGAGGAGGUCAAGAUAGUCUGUGUUUGCCACGGCAGUUUUCUUUCUCCGGCGGAAUUUGUUAGGCACGGCGGAGGUACCGUCAGCGACGACGGUGGUGGUGAUGUUAUGAUUAACCCUCUUAGACAUAUUGUUGUUAAACUUCCUUCUUCUUCCAUGUAGUUCAUAUUCGAUCUAGGGAUUAUUUAUUUAUCCCCAACUAUUAUUAGAGGUCUCAGUUUAUUUCUUCACAAUUUUCAAAGUGUAACGAUGUCAAAAUAAUUUGACGUGACCAAG